UGUACUGCCAAAUUACGUCUUCCCUGCCGCUGGAGCUAGUCUGUAAUCCGAAAUGGCAUGCAGUUUUUAUUUUUGGCUCCGCAAAUGUGGGACGGGACUGUUAUUGCAGCUACACACGGGCUUCCUCUUUACUUCUGACUGUUUCCCCCCUUCUCCUAUAAGUUCCAAAACGAGGCUGUCCUUCCAAUUGUGGCUGCGUUCGAAUUUGAAAUAUCAGGUUUCCCGCCCAUGGAUGUUUUUAAGACUGAAAUGAAAUGUCAUAUUUGACUCGACAGGAAAGAACACCUUCGCCUAACCUAAGCUUGUGAAGUCCCGGAAGUAAGCCUGCACUGUGAAUGUUGAGAGUAAAACAUGGGGGGGAAAUGGGGAAUAUUAGAUUUUUGAAGGCAAAACUUUCCCGAUGGUACUUCGAAAACUGUAUUAACGAUCGCAACGUUUCUUAUGAAAAGAAGACUAAAAAUACGUAAUAAGAUAUGUAUAUUUAAAUAUUUGUCCAAGACUUCUGGAACAAAGCAGCCAUUGUUUCACAAACUGCUAUAUACACAUAAGAAAAUUUAUGAUCACAAAAAAAUGACCGAAGAAGUUUUCUUGUUAAAUCACCGCGCUGUAGAGGCUGUUUCACCGCCGGCCCCUCUGCCCUCUUCAGUUCCUAUGUACGGUAGGCUACGUCUAUGCUCUAAGGAGUACCGUGAAAUGAGCGACAGCAAGACGGCUACGUGCAUGACGUGCCAUAUACUUCCACGUCCUUUACGGGCACCAGCUAUGACAACAGCCUUGUGGCAUCGCUUAUCGUCUGUGGGUAAUCAAGUGUUGACUUCCGAUCCAAGCAACUAUCAGUACAUCUGAGCAGCGCUGAAUAUAAAGUUAAUUUGUAAAGCGUAUGCUACCCUUAAAUAACAUAUGUUUGUGAAGUUCUGUAUACAGCGAUAUAUCUCGUUGGUUAUUAAUAUUUGACGAGGAUAAAUAAACUCACACAUACAGGCUACCGCGAAUUAUAAAUUGUCCUACAGCAGGAAUACAAAAAUAAUUGAGGGCAAAGUACUGCCCGUGGGCGCUAAGCCAUGGACUUCCGGGUUACAGUGGAGGGACAAUAAUGUAAUUGUUUACUGGUGAAAUAAAACUUUCUAUGUUUAUCAUUUCACCAAACAGCGUAUAGGUUGUAUUAAUGGGGCGACACAAUAAAAACGACAACUGAGACUUAUAUUCGGUCAUAUUUCGUAACAUUGUUUCGAAUGGGCGUGUACCUGAAGAGGGCCAGCGUUGCAAAGCAAGGGAGUGGUUGUAACGAUCCGAGGGGCGUGGUGAAGUCUACGUCACCCACUUCAAGCGAGUCGAUAGCUUUCACUACGCUUAACUGCUGUAGAAUUAGCUACCCUACCUAGCAGGAUCGGUGUCACCGUCGUUUCGCUUCAUUUUAUGACAAAAAUGGAGAUCAAUGGAUGCAACAUCCAGGUUCUGUUACAAGCUGCCGAAUAUUUGGAAAGAAGAGAAAGAGAAGCGGAGCAUGGCUACGCAUCUGUACCUCCUUUCUACAGUAAAGGGGCAUCCGAUAAGAGGGGCAAACAAAAAAACAAGAAGAGCGAUGCGGACAGCACAAGGUCGGUGCACAAUGAACUGGAGAAGCACAGGCGGGCGCAGCUGAGGCAGUGUCUGGAGCAGCUGAAGCAGCAGGUGCCUCUUUCUUCGGACUCAGUCAGGAACACCACGCUCAACCUGCUGAGACGAGCUCGUCUGCACAUCAAGAAGCUGCAGGAGCAGGACGAGCGGGCGGAGCGGCUGAAGGACAGGUUGCGCUGGGAGCAGAGGGGGUUGCGCGUGCGGCUGGAACAGCUCCAGGGCUCGGAGAGGAUCCGCAACGACAGCCUGGGGUCCACCGUGUCUUCAGAACGGUCCGACUCCGACAGAGAGGACAUGGAGGUGGACGUGGAGAGCAUGGUCUUCGUGUGUCUGGAGUCGGACGGCCUGGGGGCCACGCAGACGGAGGGCGACCACAGCUACUCCACGCCCGGCUGCGCCUGGCUAUGACAUCAGAUCGCCCGCUCGGUCGAGCGCUUCGACUGAAAACAUUCCCAAAAAAAAAAACAAACAACAAAAAACAACAAAAAACGGAAGAAAAAAGAAAAAAAAAAUGUGGUGCGGCGGUGGACGAGAGAAAAAAAACGGAGAAAGUGGCGGCCGGGACCUCUUGUAGCGCCCCCCUGCGUACAGCGGAGCGGAUGGGCCGUGCGCGUUUUGCGGUGUAACGGCGCGUUUGAGAACCCACCCCGGGCCGCGUCGUCGAGUCGUCGGUUGAGUAAUCCGACAGGGGCCGGGGAAGAUCGAUGCCUCCGAUGCGCCCCGCGGAAACACGACGGGGAAUUCCCCAGUUUCAAACCCGCUCAGGGAGGGCCAAGUCAUCGGCCCUGCGUAAAAACUUCACAAAAGUGCCAGAAGAUCGCCUUAGUCAGUAUAAGAUCUGACCCCCCGACAGCAUGCGUCCCAGAACUCCUGGCUUGUGGGAAAUGGAGUUUUGGUGGGACAAGCGUGUGUCCAAUUAGACACCAUGUUGAUAUUUUUAAGUCAAAGCAGCUUUGGGGUUUUUUUUUUUUUUUUGUCUUUACUGAGCCGGAAGACUUCCUCCUACAUAAAAAUAGCUGUGUACAAAACCGUUUGGCUUGUUUAGGGUAAGUGUCCUCAAAUAGCUUCUGUUUCACUGUGAAGCAGGUUUCGACUGAGAGAUUCUGGUCCUCAAUUGGCUCUUUGGAAAGACUUUAUGUUUAUUAUUAAUAAUAAUAAUAAUAAUUAUUAUUAUUAUUGUUAUUGUUAUUAUUAUUAUCACCAUUAUCUGAGGGAGCACACAAGGCUUGCAAAGUGCCAGGUUAGAUCGGAAGUAGGUUAUGUGGUUUGUACAAGCAGUGUGAUUGGAGGGGAGUUCUGUGUUCACAUGCUGUUAACGAGCAUUUCCUUUAAAAAAAAGAAAUGCACUUGGAGAGUGAGGUGGUGCAGAAGAGACAAUAACUCAAUUUCAAAGAAAUUUAAAAAAAUAACACACGACCAGACCCAAUGUCUGUGCGCAGCACUGUACCAAUGCAAAGCUUACUGAUCCAAAUAGCACAAGGCUCAGCUCAGGUGACUCGAUGCCACCGCUCAGUGGACAGAUUGUCUAUCAUGGCGAUUGUUUCUUGAUGGGUUACUGAAACCAAAAUCAUGGCAUGCAUUCGUUCAUCUCCUCAGUCUGAAUAGUCUGAACAGUUUUGUCUGGUCAUAUAAUACCUUGGAGAGGGAAGACGAGUCAAAAUGUGGAAGAUACCAGGAGAUGAAGCUUUCAAACUGGGCUUCCAAGUCAGACUAAAAGCAUGGUGUUUGGUUUAGGGUUAGGUCAGGUUAGUACUCUUGUCACCAUGCACUUCCACAUUCCGGCUAGCCACCGAAAUAAAAGACUGCAGUUGUGGGUAGGGGAGUCUGCCUCUCUGCCUAGUGGCAAUAUAUAUUUUUAAGGAAUCCGUCUCUACAGGGACCCAUCGAGCCUUGCUGUGGUCCAAUUUGGGCUGGACCACAACUUCUGCUCCACUUUUUGGAUCGCAACCUUUGUUUCCACGGCGACCUUCAGCUGUCCUUUGCACUUCUCUACCUGUGUUUCGUAAAGCUAUCCAGAAUAUUACCUGGAUUAAUAUCAUAUCUGUCUUAUUUAAGCUGAUUUUUAUGUUUCUACUUGUGUUUAUUUUGCCAUUUAAGCUCUUCUUUGAUGUUCUUUUUUUUUCUUCCUUUUUGCACAACAUAUCGAUGCACUUGUACUGACUUGGUUUUAGAUGUCACUUUCAGAUCAGCUAUUGCUAUACUAUACAUUUUCUGCAGUCUUUUGUAAGACACAUGGGUUGAAAAGCAUAGCCUAGGCUAGAGCGUGAUUGUCAGUAGGCAUGAAGCAAUUUGUCAUUAGGUAGUAAGGUCUGAUGGAACAUUCAGAGCUAACCGAUAAAGUCCAUUCUGACCUCAAGAUAAUGCAAAAUAGGAGCAAUUUCAAUGGAAAUGCAGUGGCUUCGUCCUCAGGGUUAAAUAUCUCCUGUAAGUGUUACUUUUUCUUUAUGAAUGCAAUGAGCAUUCAGUGACCACUGUGCUCCUGUUUGCAUAAUGGAAAAAAAAAGGAAAAAGUUGGUAAUGAUAUCCAAGGGCAAAGCACUUAGCAAAGUGCCAUAUUAUAGGUACAAUUAACAUUAAUGUUAUGUAGAAAUAUCUGAAAGGGUUAAUUAUGAAUACUUAGGCAUUACUACUCAUACCUUGUUAUGUGAGAUUUGCUUUUCUUUUAUCUCCCGUGUGUAAAUGUACAUGUCCUUUGUGUUAUCCAUGUGCGUAAGCCACCGCAUGAAACUGGAUGUUUAGCAUCAGGUUUUUUUCACUUUUAUUUUACCAAAAACGUUAUUAGUUUUUUUUUUUUUGGGGGGGGGGGGGGAGGCCCUAACAGCGAACACUGUAUAUGGAUUCAUUUCAAACCAAGCAAAUAGCAUUUUGACUGGCUUACCCUGUUGAUACAAUCACAGGAUAUUGGGGUGGGUAGCAUCAUUACAUCUAUUUGGUGUGGGUCCUAGCCUUUGAACAAUAAUCAAGUAUUAAGUGUGCGUGCUUUUAUUUCCAGAUUAAUGCACAUCGGUAGUUGUAAGAAUCAACUUGAGACAAGGUCAGACCUUGGGUCUGAUUUACUCAUUUACUAAUAACCUUUAGCACGUGUUACAUUUAUUAGCAGGUGCGAAACCAGUAACGUGAGCAAGGGUAUUUGAUUUGCACCAAUUAUUGGAUGUGUUAAUGUUUCAGUGCAUGUACUGAAGGUCAUAGUAAAUCAGGCCCUAAGUGUCACCCCUUGUUUAACUGAAAGGAAAUGUAUAAUCCCCUUUUCCAGUUUGGCUUUAACUGUAAUGUAAGGCAGAUUUACUUUUUGCUGCAGAUGCAUCUUUGUUUCAUAUGGUAAAUUUAAGAGGUACAGUAAUUAUAGAAGGUAAGGUUUGCCUUCUAUUUUACAGUGAAGUCAAUCUGCAAUAUAGGGUGUUUAAAUUUCAUUUUUAAGGUGACAUUUCGGGCACAAAAUUUGGCAGAGUUAGGCUGUUGGAUAACGUCACCAAAAAAAGCCUGUCCCUAGAUUCAUAGCACUUACCCCUCCCCACUCCACUAAGAGUCUUCCAGGACUAUAGCAGGGAUCAUUAAAUAGGGAUAUUACAGUCAUGAAGUCACUGUACUGGCUAAAAACAGAGUUCCACCAAUCUUUUUUUGGUAACCAAACACCUACAGUGGUGGAUACUAACUGCUAAUACCCACUGGAAGCCAGGAAUCGCAGUUUGAAAGACAGUCAUGAGUGUGCUAUGAUUCCUGAUGGGUUUUUUUUCUAUUGGUUCCUACCAACAUAUUCCAUGUUUGGUGCCAUUCCUCUCUUGAUUUACUACUAGUGACAUCAUGGAUGUCCCUUUUGGGAGCUUGGAAGUAAAGCCAGAAAGUGUUUUUGGCCACCAAUCAUCAUCAGUGUGGUUCCAUUGAUUAACAACGUAUUUAAAGAUAGGUGGAGCACGUUUUCUACCAGGAAGGUGGCGCCCCUCCUCUCUAGGUGGAAUGUCCUCUAUGGUAUACACAGACCUUUGAUAUGCAUCUCACUGCUUGGUGAAAAUAUGCAAAAAAAAAUGCAUUUUUCCUAUUGAAAUGCUUUGAGUACUCAGUCUUCUCUUAUGUUACUGUGUAGAUCAUGCAAGAUGGAUGUAGUAUCUCUGAAAACAAUACUCCUCUACUGACACCUGUUAUAAAAAAUAAGGACAGUGCCUUCUUGUUUGGUGUCUUUAAUAUCCACACACUUGAAGGCUUGUGAUCUAAGAUGGUGAUAACAUUGCAACAGCUGUUAAAAAAAAAAACUUGUAUCAUUUGUGUGUAACCUGUAAGAUUCCCCCAGUAAUCUGAUGUAGCAAUCUUUUAUACUAGUAUGCAUUUGUAUAAUAAAUAUUUUAUAUAUUUAA